ACGUCACUGGCCCCGGAAGGGCGGCGGAGGGGGAAGGGCCGCCGGGCCCGUCCGGACCGAGCUCCGCGUCCCGUGUGUCCCGGCCCCGUGUCCCGCCGACAUGACGCUCGCCGUCUUCUUCGGGUGCACCUUCAUCGCCUUCGGGCCCGCCUUCGGCCUCUUCCUCUUCACCAUCGCCCGCGAUCCGCUCCGCAUCAUCAUCCUCAUCGCCGGGGCUUUCUUCUGGCUGGUGUCGCUGCUGCUCUCGUCCCUCAUCUGGUUUAUCGCAGUGAAAGCCAGCGACCCGCGGGAUGAGCGGCUGCAGAAGGGGCUCCUGAUAUUUGGGGUGAUGUUUUCUGUGCUGCUGCAGGAGGCCUUCCGCUUCCUUUACUACAAGCUCCUCAGGAAGGCUAUCGAGGGGCUGGUGGCCCUCAGUGAGGACGGCUGCUCCCCCAUUUCCAUCCAGCAAAUGGCAUAUGUGGCUGGCGUGGGCUUUGGUCUCAUGAGCGGCGCCUUCUCCAUGAUCAACCUGCUGGCGGAUGCGUUAGGGCCUGGCACUGUGGGCAUCCAUGGGGAUUCGCAGCUGUACUUCUUGACCUCAGCUUUUAUGACCAUGGUGCUGAUUUUCCUUCACACCUUCUGGGGGAUCCUCUUCUUCCAUGGCUGUGAGCAUCGGCGCUGGUGGGAGAUCGCGGCGGUCAUUGUCAUGCACCUCAUUGUUUCGGGGUCGUCAUUUUGCAACCCCCUGUAUGUGGGCAGCCUGGUGCCCUCCUACAUGCUGAUGGCUGCUGCCGCUGCCUGGGCUUACCUACUGUCGGGGGGAUCUGCGCAGAACCUGCGGCGCUUCCUGCUCUGUUUACGGAGCGGAGCCAGCCCCCAGCCAGGAUCCUGAGGCCCUGCAGGAUGUUCCUGUCCCCAGCCACCCCUGCCCUCCCCUCCUAUCCUGGUGGCAGGAUCAGCCAUCACCUUCUCUGCAAUAUCUUUUCUCCUGGACUCGGGGACCCUGGCCAGUCCCAGCAGGGCAGGCGCUGGGGUCCGGCUGUGGCAGCCAACCUACCAAACAACCAGUGUGGCUGGGACUGGCUCACUCCAAUGCCCCUUUGGGAGCCCCCGUAGAACAGCUCAGUUUUGGGGGGCCUGACUCCACUGGCCCUGCCGUGUGCUCAGCCCCAGUUAGCUUGCCUGUGAAGGAUGCUACCUUGGACUGCUGGAGUCUUGAGCCCAAAGAAACCCAUCGCUUCUCCCCCCGCCGCCGCAGGCGUGGUGCCCCCCGUACCCGGGCGGGGCGCCCGCAUUGCCUCCUUGCUGCAGGGUGGAGGAAGGGGCUUUGCAAAGUGCUGCCGUGCUCUGGCUCACGGCUGACCCUUGUGGGGCUCCUUUCUCCACCUCUUUGCCCAGUCUUGCUACCGCAGGAGCCACGGCCCAGGCGCUCACCUGUGGUAGCGCAGUGAGCUGGUAUCUUGGUACAGCAGGAUGGUGCUGGGGGACCCAGGGGUACUGAGAGCUCACAGGGUGGGAGGAGAACGGGGAGAAGGCAGUAUCCAAAGGGCCCAGUGGACAUGGAGGGUGGUGGAGGGCUUGGGAGGAGAUGCAAUGCCACAGCUGUUGCCGGCACAGAUUUGGGAGAGGGUUCAAGGGACCAUUCCAAUGGAUCAUUGCCCUCUCCUGUUCUUGGGGAUUUUCAGGCGGGUACCAGCCCUGAUUCUGUGCCACAGGGCUGGGAGGGAGAAACUGCCAUCGGGCUGAGAAGGCAGUUUUAUCCAUAGUGGGCUUUUAUACCAAUAAAAUUAAGUACCACAGAGAA